AUGGCCGCCGUCCCAGGCUCCAAGGCUCCCUUCUCUCUGGACACAUAUCAUGUUUCUGAGGAGUUGGGCUUCAUCCUUCCUGAGCCUCUGGAAGAGCUGCCAUCCUACUACAAGCCAUGGAUGGAUAUUGCCCUGCGUGUCCCGGAGCUCGUGCUCUCUCAUGAGUUGCGGUCCUGUAUUCACAAGAUGCCGCUGCUGAGCAGCCAGUUGCUACAGAGACACCGGGAGCUGCGUCUGGCCCACCUGGCCCUCAGUGUCAUGAGUAUGGGCUACGUCUGGCAAGAGGGGGAGAAUGGCACCGUUCAGGUGUUGCCCCGUAACCUGGCCGUUCCAUUCUGGGAGGUGUCACAGCGCCUGGGCCUUCCCCCAAUCCUCACCCAUGCGGAUGCUGUGCUGGCUAACUGGAGGAAGAGGGAUCCCGAUGGUCCUUUUGACAUGCAGAAUCUGGAGCUCCUGCUCAGCCUCCCAGGUGGGGAGAGUACUCGAGGUUUUUUCAUGGUCACUCUCUUAGUGGAGCUGGCUGCUGUUCCAUCACUGAGGAACAUUCCCAUUGUAAUCAAUGGUGUUAGGUCUGGCGAUGUUGAGGCUGUGGCCAAAGGCCUGGAGGAAAUCAGCGAGUCUUUGCAGGACAUGAAAGAUACACUCAAACUGAUGCAAGCGCACGUGGAGCCGUCAGUCUUCUAUGGAAUUAUGAGGAUCUAUCUGUCUGGAUGGAAAGACAACCCCUGUAUGCCAAAGGGGCUGGUGUAUGAGGGAGUGCAGACAGAACCUAUGGAGUAUUCAGGAGGGAGUGCUGCACAGAGCAGCCUGCUGCACUGCUAUGAUGAGCUUCUGGGAGUCCAGCAUGAGACAGAAAGUGGUGCCUUUCUAUUUCGCAUGAGGAACUACAUGCUCCCCGCUCACAAGCAGCUGAUCCAGGACAUCUCGCGGGAACGCCCCCUGAGGAGUUUUGUCCAGCAGCAGGACAACGAGCGGCUCAGCCAGGCCUUUCAGCUCUGCGUCUCCAAACUGUUGGCUUUGAGGAACUAUCACAUCACCGUCGUGAGCCGCUUCGUCACAGUGCCUGCAGCCCGCGCACGCCAACUCCGUGACACGGGCGAGGCGUCAGAGAUGGUCAGCAAAGCCCCCACAGCACUGGAGGAGAGGGGCACCGGUGGCUCUGGCAUCAUGUCCUUUCUAAAGACUGUGAGGGACGAAACCCGGGAUGCCUACCUGCCUGGGAGCAGCAAACCUUCAUAGAGCCAAAAAAAAAAAAAAAAAACAACUGACAUGAACUUUCACUUGUACGGUGCAAUAACAAUCACACAAUAUCAUCACAAAAGGCAGCACACAAAAGAUGCAGUAAAUCUUCUCUGGUCACUUCACACUCUAUUUCAGAUGUCAUUAGUCAAUGAAGCACUUUCUGCACAAUUGUGAUGGGCCAUUGCAUGUUUUACAUCUAGUUUUGUUUUGUCGAUAAACAAACCUCAAUUUUAUGGACAUGAGUGAUGCUCACCAUUCAGUCCAAACCAUAAUUCAAACCAUCACUGUUACUUUUUGUUAAAUCCAACCACUAAUUUCACUUUUAAUCUGAAGGAGAUUGCAAAAAAUGCAUCAAACAUCUAUUCCAGACCGGCGUUAUGCAUGGCCUAUGUUUCUAAAUGACAUUUGGACACUAGACAACACAAGGAAACAUUCACUGCUAAACUCCCGUUCUUUUUGGCGAAGUGAUUUUUGGGUUCAGGUCAAGCAUAGUUUAGAAAUAGGGAAGAUUAUCUUCUCAAACUUAAAUGCAUCAACUUUACCUUUCAUCAUUUGCAAAGAUUAAUGUUGAGCUUCACAUGGAUGUCCAGGCACAUUAAUAUCCUGCUGACAAUACUACUGAUAUUAUAAAUAUGCAAAAAUGAUAAAAUAAGAGGACUUUUGAGAUGUCAAAAAAAAAAUGAGUGUGAAAAAAUGAGAGUGCAAUACCUAUAGGAACCAGGGAGGGGCACUAAAGGGCAGUGGCACAAUUCAGACUGAGGGGAGACUUCACAGAGUGCACCUUUAAAUAGCUGAAA